AUGGCGUACAUUUUUCUGAUAACUGAAGGAGUCGCAUUGGUGGCUGCGGCAUUUUCGUUUGUUAUGAACGGAUUUAUCAUUUUAAUUUUUGCAACGUGAGUUGGGAGGAAUGGUUCAAAAAUUGGUUUUUGGGGAAGAUUGUUCGGUUCACAUUUUAGGCGAAAGUUGCCAAGGCUGUCACGGUCCUACUCAGCAACUUUGUGGUUCAAUUAGAUAUAGGUUGGGUUGGAGCUAGGCACUGAAGAAAACGUUUAUAUUUUAUCUGCUAGGAUAAGGUUGUCUAACUUGAUAAUUCAUUAAUUCCCGAAAAAUCUCAACGAAGCUAUCUUAUUAACAAAAAUUCCCUAAACUGUUAUUUGUUCCCUUUUUUCAACUCGUCAUAAUCAACAUCUGAUUUUUAAUCAGAAAUUCUGAUAUCAUUUCAUUUUAUCAAGGAAGGCCCAAAGUUGUUGGUACCAGCUGAAUUUUUAGAAGACGACAGAUGUUUUCUGAUCGUGCUGAUCUUUGUGUAUUUCUUCUCAAAAAUGUUGCCGAUCAAAAAACUUGUGAAUUUUUACUUCGUGAAAUAGAAUUAGAAUUAUGUUCAUAUAUAAACGAAUAAAAUGUAGUUUUGGAGUAAAACACAAGAGAUUACCCUAUAAAAACUUUCAGGAAACGUAUUCCUAAUGCCGAAAAUCUUCGACUUGCUUUCUAUCUUGCGAUCGGAGAUAUUGGUUAUGCUCUAGCCGCAAUGAUCCACGUCGGAUACGAAUUUUACAUGUGGAAUGAUGUGUAUUUCGAUUACAACCCCUAUUUUAUCAUCUACACAAACUCGUUUUUGCCAGCUCAUUUGAAAAUUGUUGUGAUUGUUAGUUUGGGAAUGGCGUUUGAUCGAGUUCUGGUAAGGAUUUUUGACUUUGACAAAAAAGUGCAACUCAGUGUUUGUGAAAAAACCCAAAACUUUCAAAUCCAAAUUCCAGGCAAUAUAUUUCCCAGUGUUCUACCGCCAAACCAGUCGCACUCAAUACGCCAACAUCACCUUCAUCGUCGGGUUUGUCUGGUUUCAAUUCGAUUACUGGUUCCAAAUGCUAACCCCUGAUUUUGUCCACCAUCCAAAUUGUCCAACAAUGUCAUGCUUUGUCAACAAAUAUUUUUUGAUGUAUGUCAGUUAUUCCAACACAUUUUGUGGUGUUCUGAUAGUUGUUAUGAGUAUUUUUGUGUUUAUUGGACUUCGAAAAAUCUCGAACAAGAAAACAUCAACCGGAUCUUCUACACCUGUUGCCUCAAACUCUACACAAAAAUCAAAAGCUCUAAAUGUUUUUCAACAAGCCAAUCGAAUCACUGUGGGAAUACUUUUUGCAUCUCUAUUUUUUGUAACAAUUCCCUCACUUCUUGUAACUUUAUACGAGGAGAUUACCGGAGUUUCGUUGUUCAAUAAAUUAGGACCAUUUUAUAUCGCAGCAAUUCUAGUGAAUGGUAGGUUUCCUGAUCCAACUAGAACAUCUAUCGAAACUCUGAAUGUUUUCAGGAGUCGCUGACGCUUCGGUGUUCAUUGUGUUGAACUUCAAAAACAUCGGGAAAAAAUCGGGAAGCCGAAGAAACACUGUAGUUACAACAACUCAGAGUCGAUUCACAUCUGAAAAUCCGAGAAAAAUGACACUUGUGAAAUAA